CUGUCAAUCACGCUGUCCGGCUAAUGCUAAGCUAAAGAGUCACAGCUCCAAUCAAAUAUAAAUAAUAAUAAUAACUUCCUCUCACUUUAUUGAUUAAAAACAUAAUAUCACAUGUAAGACUACAAGUUCCGGUCUGCCUUGUGAUAAACGUCAUCACCGUGCGACCUCUGUUUAUGUUAUUCAACACGAAUGUAGAGGUUAGCUAACCCCGGUGUUUGCUCCACUGAAGUCAGAGGUUAGCAGCUAAAGCUAGCUCGUCUCUGUGUCUCCAGAUGUUUUCCACAGUUAGAACGUGUUUGGCGUCGCGUUUAUCCGCUUUAUCCGCUUUAAAUCCAGCGGCGGUGAGACCGACAUGUGUCCCCUGCAGACUUCACCUCCACCGGACCUUCAGCUCCGAGUCCUCCGCUGCUGCUGUCAGGGUGCUGUAUGAUGGACUCUGUCCCGUAUGUGUGACAGAGAUUCGGUUCCUCCAGUUUCUGCAGAGAAAACAGCCUCAGAAAGUGGAUUUUGUUAAUAUCGCACUGCCGGGCUAUGAUGGAGGGAAAUAUAAGGACGUCAGCUACGAGAUGGCCAUGGAGGAAAUGCAUGUGAUUGAUGAGAAAGAUGAGGUUCACCGUGGGAUCCCGGCAUUUGCGGUCAUGUACGGUGGCGUGGGCCUCGGUUGGUUGGGUCGCUUCAUGAUGUGGCCGGGUGUUCGGCCAUUUAUGGACAAAUCCUACGCCAUCUUUGCCAGGAAUCGCCUGAAGUGGACCGGACGUGGCGAGGAGUGCACCUCAGGACGCUGUGAAAAGAAAACACACUAACCCCUCGACCACAGAGAACAGAGAGAGGUGCUCUGCAAUAAUAAACUUUACAUGAAAUUGUGAUUGCAAAAAUACAGAAGUGAGACUGAAAUCAACCUCAGAAGAAUACAGCCUGUUUCCUGUUGUUCUUUCAAAAGCAGAUAUGGGAAUCAGCCACUAGAUGUCACUGUAGGUCUAAAAUAUUAUCUCCUAUAAAAGUGUUCAGUGAAUUCUUUCUUACAGAUCUGAGUGAAAUUCAUAUUCAGAUGUUCUGACGAUAAAGAAACUGAACAAACUCAAAGUGACUGGAUUAGCAUGAAGUGUUUAAUCUGAAAAUCAUUUCUUUGAGCUGGACGGACAGAUUGACACACGUGGGGUGUGAGCAUGUUUCACCAACUAUUCACUGCAGUGCAGAACAGUAUGUGCUCGUGAAAGGUUAUGAGCUGUGGCUAUGGGACACCACUGUUUACAAAAAACAGUGUGACAAUGACACUUUUCAGGUUUAAUACAUUCUUUUAUAUUAGUUUCUUCUACGGCAACAAUCUUUAGAGAAUAAAAAGUAUUUUAAGCCUGUAAAUGUACUUUGUAUACAUAAGUGUAUACAUAAGUGUAUGUAUACUUAUCAAUAAAGUACUUUUUGGAAAUGUG